AUGGAUCAUUUCAACGCGACUAUCCAGGACGGCAACUUCAUUUCAACACGGAGAGGGCUACAGGUCUCUAAGACAAAACACCUAGGCACACGGUUCAUCAAUGCUUCGGCGGCAUCAGAAAACCGUUCAAGCCACCAAGAGGAGUUCAGCUCCGUGGACCAGCACAAAAAGCAAGAGCCUCGAUUCAAGUUCUUCGACCUGCCCAUUGAAUCCCAAAACACCAGCACCAACGAGUCUUGUCCCCGGACACGAACCCCGGCAUCAGGGCCGAGCUCCUGGGACGGAACCCUUACCGACAAUGACAAGCGUCUCAUCAGCAUUUUUCUCAAGUACAUGCCAGCAAAGAUGUACCCUUACGAGCAGGUACUCCAGUACAAUCCCGUCCGAAGAGCACAUUUUCUAGAGAGUAUCAAAACCAGCACAGCUCGGCUCAACUAUGUUCUCAUGAGCGCGAGCGGCAUCGAGACUUUCUUGUCUGGCGAGCUGACCUCCCCAGAGCUUGUGUUCUGGCUUUCGCAUGUCUGCAGCGUUGUCAACGACCAUCUCUCGGACCGGAGAAUGGGCGGGGGGUUCGACGAAGGGAUCCUCGAAGCCGACGUUAGAGGGGCUGCCGCAUUGGGUUUUACGCCGCAUCUUGACUAUCACAGAUUCUUCGAAGCACCAAGCAAGAUGUUAUCUUUACGUUUGCGAACAGAGAUCUCCCGGGAUAUGUCGGGGAUUCUUUACCGUUGCGGUGUUCAAACAACCGUCGUAGACGCCAUGACUUCGACGUCGCUUUUCGCCGGCGUCCUCCGUGCGGCUUCUUCCAGCCCCGGUCGCGAGAUGUUGUUUGACCCCGAAGCCUUCAUCGAGGAGUGGCUUUGGUGCGAGUAUAAGCUCGUCAAAUAUCCUGGCCCGCUGCGUUCUGACUGCUCGAGCGCCUGCCGGAGACUUCCCGAUAAGUUGUACAUGGCUGCCGAUCUCGGCAGCUCCGAAGCAGUCGCCGAAGUGAUGGUAGAGACUCUACGCGCGCAGCCGGUGCCGCCGCUCGUGGGCAAUCUCCUCGAGUCCGCACUGCGUGCCGCGGCCAUUGUGUACAUCGAGGUGCUGGUGCCGGACGAGCCUGGCAGCCCCCUCGCACACGCGAUUCUGUUGAACCUUCUGUCCACUUCGGUUCAAACCAUCGUCCAACGCCUCCAGGAGCGACAGUCCAAGACGCGAAAUGAAAAGCCGCGAGAGAACAGCUGCGACGACGACGACGACGACGACUGCCUCCCAUCCACAGCGACGUCAAAGCCGGUGCUGAUAUGGAUCUGCAUCGUCGGAUUCGUCGUCUCGAAACUCUACGAGACGGACCUCGCCGCGCGGGGCAUACUGUUCGACCGGGCCUGCUACGGGCAGUGCCUCGCUAUGAUUGUGGGGCCGGAGCCCAAGGACGUCGACCGGCUGCGGGACGAAGACCUCGCGCUCUGCAGAGUCCUCGACGCGAGGGGGCUACGGAUCCAACCGUGCGAUGAGAGAAUUAUCCUGAAAGGCCUGCUGAAAGAGCAUUUAUACGGCAUCCCGGCGCUUGACUUGACGCCCGUGUGA